AUGAUCUUUGGAAGAUUCGGUGACAUCGUUGGCCAUCAUUAUCAAUAUGUCUGUGGAAUGUUUUUCCUGGGUGUCUUGAUUGUGAUCGCGGCAUCGGUGGAGAAUUUGUAUGCAAUAAUUGUGUUUAGGGCCCUACAGGGCAUUGCUGCAGCAUCUACAGUACCAUCCUCAUAUGCAUUGAUUGGCCAUUCCUUUGAGGGAAAGGCUUUGAAUCUUGCGAUGGGUGUAGUUACUGUUCUCAUGACAGUUUCUGCAGGGAUGGGUUUUGUUUUCGGAGGUGCGUUUGCUCUGAUCCCUAUCGGUUACCGAGGAGUGUUCUAUCUUUUUGGUGGAUUGUCUCUGUUAACUGCCAUUCUGGGUCUCUUCUGUAUCGAUCCUGUGCCAAAAAAUUCCAAAAGAAUUAGAGAUCUAGAUGUUUUUGGUGUUUUUAUGGUAUUAUCAGGAAUUCUGCUAUUCGUAACGGGAGUGACCGAGGGCGGGUUUGGGUGGAGGUCUCCAAGAUCUUAUGUUCCCAUGAUAUUCGGUGUUUUACUCAUAGGCUUCCAUUUUUUGUGGGAGUGGAGACUUGUUUUCAUGAUAAAGUUAUUCAAAAAUACUCAACUUUUGAUCCCACCAUCAGCGUGGGGAAUUCCAAACUUCAUCGUGUUCAACAUAGCUGUUGGACUGGCAUUCAGUGGGAUGGUCACCAUGAUCUUGUGUUCGUUGGAGAUUUACCAGUAUGUGGCACUAAAUUCGCCAGUCAUUGCUGCUGUUAAGACCAUAGUUGGCCCAAUUUCCAUUUUGCUUGCGUCCUUUCCAGUUGGGUACUUUUAUGGGAAAAUUUCCCCAAAGAUCAUGAUCACCAUUGGAGGUCUGAUUCAGUUGGCAGGAGCUAUUCUUCUCACACAAUUGGACUACACUACAAAGAGCUACUGGAAAUAUGGAUUUCCAGGGCUAAUCCUUGCGGGUUUGGGCUGUUCUAUUGCCUUCUACAAUUCCAUGCAAACGCUGGUCGUGACAACCCCUGUAGAGAUCCGAGACCUGGUUCCUGGAAUAGCCAACACCUCGGUGGAACUACUGAUAGCCGCUACAACUGCCAGUCUGGCUUCGAUUAUUGGUCAGGCCAAACUUGCAGUUGACAUUGAGAUCAAAGAUGAGAUGAUCAUGCAGUAUCAUCACGCGUUGUAUUUGCCGCUUGGUCUGGUAGGAGCAAAUGUCAUUCUGUCAAUAUUCAUUCAAAAGAGAUCUAGCAUGGUCUCGUGCAAUAACGAGACACCAAACAAAUCUCUUGAGACGUCUUCGUCGACAUUUCAUGAAACCCCCCAUGAGAAUUACGGUACUGCGCAGGGCUCACUCUCUAGAGUUGACGCCUUGGAGCUCUCAGUCUAA